GAGACUACCCUUCUCCCCCCUCGUAUAUAAACUUGGGUUUCCCGGCGAUUUGUGAGAGAGAAAACAAAAGAGGGCAUAGAGAGCCAGAUAGAGAUAGAGAGAGAGAGAGAGAAACAAGAGAGAGAGGAUUUUCCAUUCGGAGAAAAAUUGCGAAGAGAGAGAGAGAGAGAGAGGACUCUGUGAUCUGAGAGUGGGCGGCUCUGAGUUUUCCGAUCAAUGGUGUAUACAGGGGGGUCGGAGGAGAGAACGAGAGUGGUGGCGGCUAAGUCGUCGUCGGCGGCGGCGGGGAUGAAUUCCGAGAGAGCGGCGAAGCCUCUGCACAAUUUCAGUUUGCCUUGGGAUUUGAAGUGGGGGAACCAGAGGCACCUGCGGUGCAUGAAGGUGGAUUCCGAUGGCGACGCGGCGGCGGAUUUUGAUCGGCGAUCGGCGGUGGGGGUGGUUCGGCGGCGGGGAGGGGAAUCGGAGGGGCUGUUCGACAGGCGGAGCAGGGUGAGGAGGCAGAGGAUCGAGAGAGCCGGCGACGGCGAAGAGGAGGAGGGGAUCGAGGCGGUGAGGGAGAAGCUCAUGUUUGAAUUCAAAACGGCGGCGGACAAGAUGAAAGACGCGAUUUUGAGAGGGGAGAAGGAAGAGGUGGAGGAGGAGGACGACCACGAGCCGGCGCCGGUUGCUGCUGCUGUUGUUACUGACGCGACGGCGGCGGCGGAGGAGGAGGACGCUGAGGCCGUGGCUGCGGAGGAGGGGGGAUCGUCGCCGGCGGCGGCGGCGGUGAGGCCGUGGAAUCUGAGGACGAGGAGGGCGGCGUGCAAGGCUCCAAUUGGCGGUGGUGGCGGCAAGGGGUUGAAAAUUGAGGAGAGGAAGACGAAUUACUCGCCGUUGAGGAGUGAGGGAAACAAUGGCGGCAAGUCACCGAGGCUGGUCCGAGGGGCUUCCGGUUCGGGUCUGGAGAAGGACGGGCCCAAGGAAAGGCCCAAGUUCUCACUCACGCUCUCCAAGAAGGAGAUCGAUGAGGAUUUCAUUCAGAUGCUCGGCCACCGCCCUCCCCGCCGCCCCAAGAAGCGGCCCAGAGCGGUGCAGAAGCAAUUGGAUGCUUUGUUUCCCGGUAUGUGGUUGACGGAGGUCUCAGCUGAUUCGUACAAGGUUCCUGAGUUCCCUGAAAAUGUCAAGAGGUAGCAAUUUGGAGCGCGUGCUGGGUUGUGUUGAUUGUUUCAAGGCUCUGUUUUCUGACUUCUGCUGCUGCCGGUAGCGCUAAUUAGUGGUAGGCCACAGUACACAUUGUGCAAUGGGAAUUUGAUGAAAGGUCAAAUCCCCUGCACUGCUUAAUGUUCAGUUGCUUUGGAACAAUGAUUUUGUUUGUUAAUUAUAAUUCAUCUUCUUUCUUCUUUUCUUAAUAAAUGUAAAUAAAGGUAAGCUUGGUGGCUGCUUUAUAUGGAACUAGUUAUAUGGAAUAGAAUACCUGUUCUAUGAUCUUGAUUUUGUGACUGUCUAAUGUUGAAGUUGCAUUAAUAUCAGUGUAUUCAGUGUUCAUCUUGA